CUCCCUCUCCUUGUUUUAAAGGGCCCGGUCGGUAGAGCGAGUGGCCGCCCGCCCUCCCCCGGCCAUGGCCGGCGUGUCCCAGCGGGAGGUCCGGAAAGCGGCUGAUCGGCGGCAGAAGCGAGUGCUGGAGGAGCAGAGGGCCAGGAUCAAACUGGUCUCCAAAAUCCUACAAAAACCAGAACAACUACGAACAAAGGAUGACCUCACUAUGCUUGCAGCAUGUGUUGACACUGUGCAGGAGUUGCAAAAGCGAAAGCAGAAGACCGAGGCACGAAAGAGGAAACUUGAAGAGGUUAUAGAUGAGCCUGAAGAACUAAGGAGAAAAAUUAACCUUCUGGCAGCAGCUAUUCAGGAAGCACAAUACCCAGUGAUCUAUUCUGGUGCAGGGAUCAGCACGGCUGCAUCUAUCCCAGAUUACAGAGGCCCCAAUGGGGUGUGGACAUUAUUGCAGAGUGGUAGGGAAGUGAGCACAGCAGACCUCAGUGAGGCAGAACCCACCUUGACUCACAUGUGCAUCACACAACUUUACAAAGAAAAACUGGUGCAGCAUGUGGUGUCUCAGAAUUGCGAUGGAUUACAUUUACGUAGCAGUUUACCUAGGAAGGCACUUUCAGAACUACAUGGAAAUAUGUACAUAGAGGUUUGCACAUUUUGCUCUCCUAACCGAGAAUACAUUCGUCUGUUUGAUGUUACUGAACGCACAUCACUACACAGACACAAUACUGGAAGAAAGUGCCACAAGUGUGGCGGUGAACUGCGAGACACAAUUGUGCACUUUGGGGAAAAGGGAACACUGGAGCAGCCACUGAACUGGAAAGGAGCAGCUGAGGCAGCCAAGAAAGCUGAUGUCAUCAUUUGUCUCGGAUCCAGUUUAAAGGUUCUUAAAAAGUAUGCAUGUCUUUGGUGCAUGAGCAGGGUACCUCACAAAAGGCCAAAGCUGUACAUAGUAAAUCUACAGUGGACACCAAAGGAUGAUAUAGCUACACUGAAGAUCCAUGCAAAAUGCGAUGAUGUCAUGCAAUUGCUAUUGGAAGAACUUCACCUUGACAUUCCAUACUAUGACAGGUCCAAAGAUCCUAUUUUCAGCCUAGCCACUCAGCUGAGACCAGGUGAAGAAGACAGUCAUAGCCGCAAACUACUAACCAAGGACAGUCCAGGAAGCGUGGGUUCCGCUGUCUCUGGCGGUUGGUAUGGAAAAGGUUGUGCAAAAGGCAGAAGAAAGAAGAAAAUCUAAACUGGGAACGCUGAUUGUCAUUGUUUACAUUUUUCUGAUUUUAAUUUUCCCUCCUUCCUCAUACAACCUCCGUUCCUUGGGGAAGGAGCAGAGCUAAUGCCAGAUUUCUGCAAACCCUGAUGCCAAUACUGCAUACUGCUGAUUCAGUAGACUGUGUGCUGGCUGCAUGACUAGGAGUUCCAUUUUGCAUCUUAGGUUGUUCGAGAACACCCAUCCUGGCUUGUGAUUUGAACUAGUCUGUUAAUGCGAGCCCUCAGGGUGCCACAGUAUUAAUUGGGCUGCUAAGUUUCAAACAGUUGAAACUUAGUGGGCUACCUGGUUUAAAAUCACGCGACAUCUGAGGUUUGGCCACUAAAGGUUCUGUAAGAGGUACAGCAAACAGGGAGAGUUGAAGUACUUUGGCCAAAAGGCAUUGACAGGCAACUGAAUAUGAUUUGGGUCCACCUGCUACCAGUAAUAAAGCAGUACCUCCCUGGUGCAUCUACAUUUAUUGCAGUAUGGAAAGUGAAACAAUGCAAAGUUAAAACAGUUGAUCUUUCACAUCUAUUUUUGGGCAAGUUUAGUUUCAAGGUACACAUUCUGUGUAUGCUUACACUACUGCUUAAUGCACUCUGCCCUUGGUUUCCUGCAAUGAAAAUACAAGACAAGAGAACAGACAAUUGUCACAAGUUUUCCUCCCCUUCUGAAGUUGAAAAUGACCUCCAUUCAAUGCCCAGUAGAAAGUGCUGGAGACAAGUGUGGAACAAGUGAGGUUUGCAAAUAAUUUUCCAGUGCAAGCCAUUCAAAUUAUGCCCACAAGCCAGGGUAGCCCAAGUGGAAAUUCUAGACCUAUUUCUGUAACCUUUCCUUUAAUAGAGCAGGUAAUUUGAAAAAAGUCUCUCACCAACCUUGAUUUGUGACUUCCUGUUAAAUCAGCUACUUGAUUCUUAAGAAAAUGCAAACCAGUUCCAGUGAUAUCAAAUGUUGACGUUAAACACAGAAACAGUAGCUGUGUGCUGAAAUAGCUUUUGUAAAUGCAUUUGCUUGUGCCAAAUUUCAAUUUUUAAAAUUUCAAUUUUGUCUGCAGAGCAGUGAUUCUCAGCCACUUUCCAUCUUCAGUAAUGGCAUCAAAGCAGAUAAGCCUGUCUGUAGCUCUGCUGGUGCUCUGAAAGAUUUAACUUAAAUUUUGAAAAAGUUAGAGAAACCACAGAAGAAAAUAAAGCUUUUGAGUAUAUUUUGCACUAGGAAAUAUUCAAUUUACAAUGCCAUUUGUAUGUCUUUGUUUACUUAUAUUGCAUAUUUGGACUACUUCUUGAAGAAUUUUCAAAACCACCUCUUCUACACAGGGAUUUUUCUAAUGAUUGGUUGCUUUUCUAGAUUUACUACUCUUGCUCAUUGUUGGAGCCCUCUAAUAUGUUGCUUUACAGUUUAUUGUAAUGCUGCAAGCUAGGCUAUCGAUGGAUUGAUCCUGAAACAAUCCCACCCUAAUAUAAUCCUUCAUUUCCUCUGCUUUGCAGUUUCCUAAUGUACCCAAAACACUGUCUGGCUGUAAACAAUAUGGAUUAUACAUAUUGCAACAUGUAGAGCUCCACCUAUUAAUCAGCUGAAGUUUUAAUGUAAUAUUGAAUGUAGAUAGUUUCCUAUCAGGGAAAAGUAUAAUCCUUGUACAAAUGUUCAAAACAUUUUAUAGUUAUGCAAUUUGCUGACAUUGGAGCAUAGUUCUAAAUGUGAAAGAUGGACUCUUUAAUGAAAUAGUUCAUUUGUUCUCGGGAAAGUCAAGAGUGCCAAUACUUCAAUUACUUUGCAUACAUGCAAAAGGACUGGCAGCUGCUGUGAAAGUUCUGGUAUUUAUCCUAGAGUCCAACUAUGUGAUUGCCUGGAGUACAAUGUCAUUAUGUCAUUAACUGGGUUUGUUCCCAAAGGUCUUUCUCAGCUUUCUAGCUUAUUUCAUUCUGUUCUGAAUCGUCUUGUUCCUCCUUCAGGUACCAUGCCCUAAGAGGGUGUUGGUGACCAUGGACUUCCAUUGGAUUGGUCCACGAUUAUGCUUAGCAAAGUACUACAGUGGUUAGCCGUUGUUUUCUGCAGCAUGGCUGACCUAGAACCAUCCUGCUCUUUUCUGCCUGCCUUCAGGCAUAACGCUGAUAAUCAACCUGUUUGACGACAUUAUAAAUGCACCUUCAGUGACCAUCAAGUCCUGAAGUGGUACUUGAACCCAGAGCUUAUGGCCCAGAGGAAGGGAUGCUCCCCCUGCGCCACAAGACCUCCUUUGUUCUAAAUCAGAGAAUGAAAAAAAGUGUGCUGUGUUUCAGGAUCAAUCUGCCAGCCUUGAGACAACACUGAAUGUUGUGGCUUGUUUUUAAUACAACUUAAAUAGUUUUAACACCAAAACCAUGUAAGGACAUGUAUAAAAACGGGUAUUUUUUUAGUUGUAAAAUAGACUGCGUGUUCAUAUUCUGACAGUUAAUGAACGAAUUGACUGUUAGUAUCCUAAAAGUGAAUGAAUUGAUUAAAUGGUAAAACAAAAGUAAAAUACUGGAAAUCUGAAGUAAAAGCAGUGGAUUCAGUGAUAGUAUCCUGACAUUGGAUGGACAGAUUGAGUGGCGGUAUCCUGGAAGUGAAUAAGCGCAUUGUGUGUCACUAUCAGAUUAAGUGGCAGAUUCCUGGCAGUGUAUGAGUGUGAGAAUGUAUAUUUUGUUAAAAGAUGCUGCUGUUUUUAUCUGACUGAGCCUGGGUUUUUUUCUGUUUGUAAGCUUAAAACAUUCUGCAGUCACUAAACUCAUUCUUACAUCUAAUAAUGCUGAGUGAAUUAAGCCCAGGGAUGGCUUUUCAGGGUCAAAAUAAAAAAAAGCAAAAUUGACAGAUUUGUGAGCACAGGGCUUGGACUGACUUAUAAUUUUAAAAUCCUGAACACUGUCUUAUGCCUUCUUUCAACUAUUCUUAAUGUUUUGUAAUGUUAUGUGAUGUAAACAAGAAAAUUGUUCAGCUUUCCAGCAACAUCAGCCUAUGCUUUUAAACAUGUAAAAAAUAGUGAGGUUCAAACAUGUGGUUGUAAAUUUAACACCUGGGUUGUUCUCUACUUGUGUGUCACUAGUCAUGUAAUUGUCUCACAUAUGCCUGUUACACUUACAGGGUUAAUAUUUUUGUGUGCUGUGUGUCUAUGGAGUCCCAGAUAGAACUUUACAUAAUAGCAUUUCAUGUUACAGAAGUGAGAAAUCGCCUUCAUGUUACUGGAAGAUGAACAAGCAUAAAAUUGAUGAUCACUUGUAUAGAACAACCCAUCUGUGGUUGCACUUUAUUUGAUAUAAGUUGUCAAUCGUAUUACAACAGAACUGUAAUUAUUUUUUAAAUAAACGGUCCUAAAUGGA